AUGGCCAAAGUGAGAAGUGGUGGUGGAAGUGACAAAAGGUGCAGGGAAACGGUGCAACGCAGCAACAAUAAUAUCGAAGAAGAAAUUAUAAGCGAUACAUUUAAUUGGUGUGGGUCCCACUCUGAUAUUCGGGUUACGUCUGUCACGUGGGUCAAGCAGAACAUGAACACCACGCGCGCUGGAGCGCGUGGACAACCUUCUUGGCGUGGGCACAUAUUCCCUCGUUUAAUCAACACUUUCAAAUUCAAACAUGGUUAA